AUGAUUUAUAAUUUGCAUUGCAACUCUUGGUUCUCACUGGACGUGCUUGGCAAGAUGGAGCCACCGACCUCUUCCAGGCUGAAUUCCCGAAAGAGAAGAAAAGAUGGAUCUGGCCCUAAUGGGGCAACGGAGGUGGAUGGAAUACCUCCGAAAAUGUCCCGGCGCUCACUCGGACUGAGGGAGCCAGCUCCAUUUUCAGAUGAAGUGGAAAUCGACUACAGCAAGCCAUACGUCAGAGUAACAUAUGAAGAAGCGCUGAGAGGGACCCCUUUGGAUCGCCCUGUCAGAGUUUAUGCCGAUGGAAUAUUUGACUUGUUUCACUCUGGACAUGCCCGGGCCUUGAUGCAAGCAAAGAACCUCUUCCCAAACACAUACCUCAUUGUUGGAGUCUGCAGUGAUGAGCUAACCCAUAACUUCAAGGGCUUCACAGUAAUGAAUGAAAAUGAGAGGUAUGAUGCUGUGCAGCACUGUCGCUAUGUGGAUGAAGUGGUGAGAAAUGCACCGUGGACGCUCACCCCUGAGUUCCUGGCAGAGCACAGGAUCGACUUUGUUGCACACGAUGACAUCCCCUACUCAUCUGCUGGCAGUGAUGAUGUCUAUAAGCAUAUAAAAGAGGCAGGCAUGUUUGCACCAACUCAGAGGACUGAGGGGAUCUCAACGUCAGACAUCAUCACACGCAUCGUGCGGGACUAUGACGUUUAUGCCAGACGGAACCUGCAGCGAGGCUACACAGCUAAAGAGCUCAAUGUCAGCUUCAUAAACGAGAAGAAAUAUCACCUCCAGGAACGUGUGGAUAAGGUGAAAAAGAGGGUGAAGGAUGUAGAGGAGAAGUCGAAGGAAUUUGUCCAGAAAGUGGAGGAGAAGAGUAUUGAUCUCAUUCAGAAGUGGGAAGAGAAGUCCCGGGAGUUCAUCGGCAAUUUCCUGGAGAUGUUUGGCCCAGAAGGUGCAUUGAAACACAUGCUGAAGGAGGGCAAGGGCCGGAUGCUGCAGGCCAUCAGCCCGAAGCAGAGUCCCAGCAGUAGCCCCACGCAUGACCGCUCCCCAUCUCCCUCCUUCCGCUGGCCCUUCUCCACCAAGACUCCUCCUUCUUCACCUGCCAACCGCUCCAGGAACGAGUCUGCAGUCACCUAUGACAUCAGUGAGGAUGAAGAGGAUUAAGCUACCUGCCAGGAUUUGCUGCGAACCACUAAUCGCCGAAUCCUAAGUCCAGACCCACUGGGG